UGUUUGCCCGGAGUCAUAGAGUUUUAAGUUCUUCUGAUACCAGAGCGGAUGAAAGUGAGCGACAAAACACAGAAAGGGGACACUGGAGGGUUUUCUUGCUGCAAUGAUGUAUUUCCGGGUUAAGCAGUGCCCCCUUCCCAUCGUUGGUUUAAGAACGUGUUGGGGGUUGGGUUGGAGAUCACAAGUUUUGAACCGGGGAUUUAAGGGUUUCCAUGACGACGUGAGCGGCACCCAACAGGCCCGGGCAGGCUUCUACAAUGAAGACGCCAGUCGCCAUCAUUCGUCUGCCCCAUGGGCCAGACGGGACGCGUGGCUUCGACCCCAGCUCUCCCCGCUUCCAGGAUUUGGGUCCCAGCAAUCUGUCUUCCUUGGUCACCGCAAACCCGGCUGAGCUGGAGCGCGAGCAGGAAGGGCGUGUGGCGCUGCGGAAACGCUACCUGCGUAGCCUGCUGGCCAUGACCGGCCGGCCCGUCAACUUCACGAUGUACGAAAAGGUCAACGUCGGGGCACUGUUCGGCGCAUCCGACAUUGAUAUCCUGAACUUCCAGGUGUCUGAACUGAAGACUCCGCUGGGGGUGCAGAAGGAAGCCCUCCUCCGCUGCUCGGAUAUCAUCGCAUACUCCUUCGAGCUUUAAGGAGCUUACGAGCCGCUCCCUGCCUUUUGAAUAAAGAAUCUGUGCUAGACGAA